AUGAAUAAUAACAACAAUUACUUAAUGGACGAUAAUCUGCGGCAAGUGUUCACGUAUUGGGACACCGAUCGGUCCGGAUAUCUGUGUCGCGACGAAAUGCGCGAACUCUGCGCCCGAUUUCAUAUACUGGCCGAAGACUCGGACGCCAUCUUCACAGACCUCGACAGCGACAAAGACGGACGGAUCAGUUUCGACGACUUCCGCACCGGUUUUGAUCACUACGAGAAGGGACUCAUUGUGUCGGCCGCUAAUCCCAAGUCCGUGUCUGAAGAGACCGCCAAUAAGAGCAACACAUCCAACACUUUCGGCUCUUAUGGGUGUCUGAAGAAGGCGUUGGAAACCGAGAAUAUUAGCCAAACGUUUGCCACAAAUGAAUACAAGACGAAGAAGAAGCUCAUCCAAACAGAUGCCAACCAAUUGACAAACCGGUAA